UGGUGAACUGCGGUAUACAUUUAAGGUUUCUUUGCGUGAAAUGUGAACAAAAUGGUGGAGACAAGCAUACAUAUGAACUUGUCUUUACUUAGUUAAAAAACGUAUACCCAUAUCCACGUGAGAUGAUAGGAACUACGAUUGAAACUAAAGAUUUAAUUGACACUGAUGUACUUCAAAAGUAUUUGACGAAAGGACUUUCAUCAAUUAAUGUAUAAUAUUGUGAAACUAAAAAUUUGCUACAAAAUUGAAGUUUCAACAUGUAUUGUUUGCGACAAGCGUUUCGUUGCGGAACUCGACUGAUCCUUACGAAAAAUCCUACGAAUUUGUAUCGGCUUCCACUGAUUAAUGAGGAAAGAUUUAAAAUCAAUUUUCACAAACGAAUACAUAUUCGUUCUAAAACAAGUCUUUGUGAAUCUGCAGAAGAAAACAAAGAAGAAGCCGAUAAUAAACAGGUGCUUGGAAAGAUUGAAGGAAAGCUGAAGGUGAUGUUUACGUGUAAAAUAUGUCAGUUAAGAAGCGGCAAAGUUAUAUCAAAAGUGGCAUAUGAAAGAGGAGUAGUCAUAAUUCGUUGUGAUGGUUGUAAAAACAAUCAUUUAAUUGCUGAUAAUCUUGGAUGGUUCGGAGAGUUACAGAAGAACAACAACAUUGAAAAAAUAUUGGCAGCAAAGGGAGAAACUGUUCGGAAAGUACUAAACGAUGUCGAUGGAUAUAUCGAAGUUAUCGAAAAAGCAGAAUACGAUUUAUUACAACAUAAUAUUAAACGAAAACAGGAUUUAAUUGAACAACAAAAUAAGAUAGAUAGCCAUGAUAAUAAAAACCCUGGAACUUUAGAGGAAAAAUAGGAUGUAUUAUCCGAAGAAACUACUUUAUUUUGAAAAUAAAUUGGUGAAAAAAUGUUUAAGCAAGUGUAAAUAUUUCGAAAUUUAUUACAUACUUUUUAUGCUUUUUAUACUACGUUAAACUUAAAAGUAUACAUGAAAAAAAAUAAUAUCCAAAGUUUGGUAAAUAUCGAAAGACUUAUAGAUUUGUUUUUAAUCCUUUAACCCUUUCAUACCGGACGGGACAUAUGUUGUCCCAGUCUGGAAAAUUUGAUGUGUAACUUGUAACAUUAUUGUUGUUGAUGGUGCGUCGUUAUGGGAUUGUUUAUGCGUUUCUAAGACUUUCAUCCUUUCAGAUUUCAGAGAAAUAACUGUUCCCGAUAAUGAGAUGUACUCGAACUGAUUUUUUCGCCGUAUUGAAAGGGUUAAAUUAUAGACAUUAAAGGAAUUAGCACUGUCUCUAUUGUAUGGAUGCAUUAGAUUUCUUUAGUUGUAGCAAAUGUAAAUACUAGUUCUAAUAUGUACAACUUGAUAAAAAAUAUAUAUUCUUGAAUAAAA